UAUCAUGCCUGAGGGAAAACGGUGUAAAAAUGUUUUAUCCAAACCAUUUUAACCCAAUAAUUAGCCCAGUGCACGCAUCAGUGCGCGUUCACGGGACUUCGAGGACGCGCGCGCAUUAAUUGGCGACGAAUGCGCGCAUGCACGAGCUUUUUUUUGAGUGAGUGGUUUGUUAGUGAAGACGCGGAUGCGGUGUCCUUCUCUCCAAAUUGUGAUUAUUAUUAUUAUUAUUUUUAUAACUACUAUUAGUACAUGAAGAGAAGAAAUAAGAAUGGAGGCUGCUAUUGAUUUCAAAUCCCUUCGGGCCAAGUUUCAGGAGGGGAGCCAUGUGAAAGAUAGGCCCGUAGUUCUGGAUAAACCAAAACGCUUUCCACCUAUAGCAAAUCGUUCCAGUUCUUUACCCAUGUCUGCAGUGGAGGGAAAAAAUCCAGCCAUCCUACCCUUUAACGUAAGAGAUGACCAAAAGAUGCUAUCGGUCAAACGACCCAGUGUUGUGCCGUCUUCUUUUUUUCCACCCGACACGAACGGCAUUGGGAGUGGAGUUUCAAGACGCUCACUCAAAGAUCGCCACUUGCCUCUUGUGCUGCCUACAUCCUCUUCCUCCUCUUCUAACAAUCCAAAGCAAGAGGACAGUGCUCCCUCUAAGCUGGUUACGUCACCAAUCAAGUGCAAGAAGAAGGCCAUGCCGGCGCCAUUCAAGCCCGCCAAGUUCACCAAGUCCAUUAAGGACAUUCUGGAAAAUGCUGAACAUCCUGAAAGUAGCAAGUCUGAACGGAACACUGUGGAGAACGGAUUCAGCCACCACAAUGGGGGGUCAAACCCGGGGUCAUCCUGUUCAAGCCCAGAGCAUCCAUUGACACCUUCGCCUACAGCCGAUGAUCCAUCUAACGUGGGUAGCAUUCCUCACGUCCUCAGCACUCUGGAGAGAGCCAAGAAAAGGUUCUCACCCAAGAACCUCCUGGUCUAUACCCGACCCAAGAGCUUCUACUCCAGUAAAGGGCUUCUGGAGAGUCCCCCUCCUCCUCCUCCUGUAGAGUAUGAAAACAUUCACUGUGAUGCAGAAUCUUCAUCUGUCAGGUUAGGAUAUUGGCCUACUAAUUCGCCAACUAUCACUGCCCGAAGUCUACCACAAUCCAAUGGUAUGAAUCAGAGACCAGGACCUGUUUUGCACCUGAAUGGUGAUAUGAAGCCUGUAUGGCCUGGUGUCCAUCUUCCUCCUCUUGUCAAAGCUUUGCCAGACAUAACCUCAUUGGGAUUGAUGCCCAAGAAACCACCAAGACCACCACAUGUUGAUUUGAGUGCUUACAGGACCCAUGAGCUGGAAAACACAACUGAAAAUGCCUCCAUGAUAAUGGCUCUUGGUUCUGAAGCUGUGGCUGCUGAGAAUGAACCAACACCACCUCCACCUCUUCAGUUUGACACUCCUCACUUCCUAGAAUUUGCCAGUUCUGUAUUAGAAGCUUUAAACACCAAUGAAAUUAAUCUUGCUGCUCUGGAGAUGGAGCCUACAGACAUCAGUGCCCCACCACCUGGACCUGAUGACGCGAAAGAUAGCAGUCUUCACAACAAUGUGAAUCAGAAGCAUGGUACAGGUCCUCUGGACCUUGCGGAUGCUAAUCUGCAGGAAUUCAGUUUAGGACAUGUAGCUGAUUCCCAGUCAGUCACAGCAUGUGAUGCUCAGCUCCAGGAAGCUGUUACUGCUGAGAUCUUGAUGACUUUUCCUCAGAACAUACUGACUGAUUCCCACAUGAGCAGCGAAGUUCCAUCUGAACCAAGCAUCAUCCAGAAGGAUGAUCAUUAUGAAGUCUGUGACAAUGUCUAUGAAGAAGUGGAGUCAAUCAGCAAAUUCAAUUUCGGGCAAAGCUCCCGCAAAAGGAAAGGAGCUCCGAAGAAUCCCUAUGCGGAGUCUCCAGGGAAGGAGGAAACUCGCAAAAGUGUAUGGCAUGUCACACAGGUGAUGAAUGUGACUUCUGAACCCAGUGGUGUGACCCCUGCUGUUUGGGACAGUGGUGCAUCAGUCAAGAAGGAGCGCUGGAGCCCUGACCACCAUGAUGAGAAAGAGGCUCGGAAGAGAGAGAAGCAGCGACUGGAGCGAGAGAAGAAGGAGCAGAAAGAGAAGGAGAAAAAAGAAAACGAGAUGAAAAAGAAGUUUAAAAUCACCGGACAGGAGGAGCCCAUGUAUCAUGCUCGCGUGCUGCUGGCCAGCAAACUGCGCAAGCACGACCUGCAGGUGAAGAGCGGAGACACGGUCAGCAUCAUCCGCACCACCAACUGCCCUAAGGGCAAAUGGCUGGCCAGGGACUCGCAGAACAAGUAUGGCUAUAUUUCAGUAAUGAAUGUUGAGUUGAAUAUGAAGGAGAUGUUGGAGUUGGGGAAGCGAGCCUCGCAGGCUAUCGGGAGAGGACAUGGUGAGGCCGACACACUCAGCCUCAGUAGCAGGUCUUCACACUACAACCCGGUUCUCACAAGCAGCUUCACUGAUGACAGUGAGGAGUGGACCGCUGAUGAAGAUACUCUCUCUCAUUUAGCAGAAACAUUGUGUUCAAACAGAGCGGCCUCCUUGCCUGACAUGUUUAACGCCAUGGGCAGUGAUCACCAUACUCCGAGCGCAGGCAGUGUGGAGGACAUCCCCUCACAAGUGAAUCAUGAAGCUCUCAAGAAGCUUGCAGUUUUCUUCCAGAACACCAGAGAUGAUCUGAACCCUGCGCCCGAAAUCCCAGAGCCCAUUCCUACCAGCGAGGAUGACCAGUUCAGUUUCACAGACGUCGAGCUGCUGCCUCCUCCUGAACUCUACGCUGACUAUGCAUGAUCCAUCAGUUUGUGGUGUUCUCAGACAUUUGUGACUCUCUGGAUCUCCACACUGCUCAUGUUUGUUUUAUUUUCUUCAGAUAAACAAUACAAUUUCUACAACAUACUCCAGGAAUCCUGUCAUCACUCAGGAUAAACAGUCCUUGAACUCUUCUAGCCAGAAGUGUGUGUGUGUGGUUUAACUUCAGCUGUAAAAGAAAGCAGUGUUAAUAAGAGUGAGAAAAGGACUUAGCACUUAAUGGGUGUGUAUUAAUUGUGAGAAAAAAUGUUACACCUGGUUUGGGCUGUGAAGAAUUUGCACCAUUUUGUAUGAUCUAGCUUUGUGUUUUUCAGUUAAACACCGUUUUGUUCGAGAUUCUGCAUUAUUUGUU